GGAUUCCCCUCUGGCAGUGUUGGGAGAGUAGCCGCAGAGAGCAGACGUGCUUCUGCAUCAAGCUUCAGGACCAGAACCAGACCAGCAGGCAGGAGGACAGUCUGCAGCAGCAUUCCGGGGGUCUUGCAGUAAAGCAUGAUUAUUUACAAGGUCUUUGAGUUCCUCGACCUGACAGGUUGGCUGGUGUUCAUCUCAGUCUUUCUGCUGGUGGCGGACAUGAUCCGAAACAGAAGUCCACCCAACUUCCCUCCUGGACCCCGACCCCUGCCGCUCCUGGGAAAUGUCUUCACUGGAGUGGACUUCAAGACCAUGAUAAAGCUGUCGGAGGAGUACGGGCCUGUGUUCAGCUUGAGGAGGGGAAGUGAGAGGGUUGUGUUUGUGUCCAGCUACAAGAUGGUGAAGGAAGCUCUGGUGAAUCAGCUGGACAGCUUUGCAGAUCGUCCCAUCAUCCCCUUGUUCCAUGUCGUCUUCAAAGCAAUCGGCAUAGCUUUAAGCAACGGCUAUCUGUGGAAGAUGCAGAGGAAGUUUGCCAACACCCACCUGCGUCAGUUUGGCGGGGGGAAGAAGACCUUGGAGAAAAACAUUGAACAGGAAAGCACCUUCCUCUGUGAGGCGUUUCAAGAAAAACAAGGGAUGCCUUUCAAUCCACAUUACUUUCUAAAAACCGCUGUGGGAAAUGUGAUCUCCUGUGUGGUGUUUGGUCAUCGUUUUGACUACAGAGACGACAACUUCCAGAACCUUCUGCGCUUGGACAAUGAAGCUGUCCUGCUGUCUGGCACAGCAAGAGCUCAGCUGUACGAUGCCUUCCCCGGCCUCUUCAGUUAUCUGCCAGGACCGCAUCACACCAUCCACGCCAACUACCGCGCAAUCACCGACUUCCUGGAGAAGGAGGUGGAGGCUCACCAGAAGAACUGGGACCCCGAAGACCCCCGAGAUUUCAUCGACACGUACCUGACGGAGAUUGGCCAGAGGAUGGACGACCCUAAAGCUGGCUUCAACAUCGAGUCACUGGUGGUGUGCAUCCUGGACCUGUUUGAGGCUGGAACAGAGUCUGCAGCCACUACUCUACGCUGGGCCCUCGUCUACAUGGUAAACUACCCAGAGAUUCAAGAGAAGGUCCAGGCUGAGAUAGACAGAGUGAUUGGACAGUCACGGCAGCCCAACAUGGCCGACAGACCCGACAUGCCCUACACGGAAGCUGUCAUCCAUGAAACCCAGCGGUUGGGAAACAUCGUACCGUUGGGCUUCCCUAAAAUGGCCAGCAAAGACUCCACUCUGGGGGGGUAUUUCAUACCCAAGGGGACGGUGAUUAUAACCAACCUUGCUACGGUGCUGUUCGAUAAGAACGAGUGGGAGACUCCAGACUCCUUCAACCCAGGACACUUCUUAGACUCACAAGGCCAGUUCCGGAAAAGAGAGGCCUUCAUGCCAUUCUCAGCAGGCAGGAGAGCGUGUCUGGGGGAGAACCUGGCCAGGAUGGAGCUGUUCAUCUUCUUCACCUCCAUGCUGCAGAGGUUCACCUUCUCUCCUCCACCUGGAGAGAUGCCCAGCAUGGAGGGGCUCAUGGGGUUCACCUACUCCCCUGAGGAGUUCCUGGUGCAAGCCCACCUGCGUUGAUCCCCCUGGCUUGCCGGAGCCAGCCCUUUGAGAACCAGGGGAGCCUCCUGGAAGGCUGGAGGACUUGGCCACUGGAACUAUCAUUCUCUAUGUAGGGUGUGUUGUUACUACAUUACAUAACCAAGUGACAUGCUUAAAUGCUAAAAAUGUUAGUAAGUACAUAAUAUGUUGCACACAUCUUUUCUGACAAUCCUGUUAUCUGUUCAAAUAUACAGCAAGACUGACUUUCUUAAAAAUAUUUUUUUCUCUUGAACUAAAAGUAUACGUUAUUCAAAAACUGCUUGUUAUGACUUGUUUUACAUACCACAGAGUUAUGCUAUGAUGAACUUUGCUUCAAGUAACCUAAUGCACGUGGCUAAUGAUUGGUGAAUGACUACAGAAAAUAAAGUUCAUGUUUGUG